GUCAAGCUGAAGCGCAAAGGGAACGUGUUAUGACCAACAACAUGAACAAAGUCAUCAAAGACUAUCAGCUACAACAGCGCAGUUUUCCUGGCCUUCUCUUGCUACGCAUUCGCACUUGCACUGCAACAAGCUAAGCACCAGUCACCAUACUGCACUCAACCUUGCUCGAAUCAAGCACCCAACCCGCGUCAUUCACCAUGGUCUCCCCUGAUUACGCCAGCUCCAACCUGUCUGCCGAGACCCUCGUCUCGCCUACGAAGUUCAACAAGUCCGCCUCGCUCGCCCGCAGCGAUCCCGCCGCCGGCCUAGCUAUGAUCCAGUCCAUGUAUGGUAUGGGCAGCUCGCUCGCUUUCCCUGUUCCCAAGGGCAUGAGUAAGGCGUCCAAGUCGGACAAGGAGAACCAGGGCAAGCUCCCGCGCUACUCGCCCAGCUCCUCUUCCGUCAGCUCGUCCAGCUCGACGUCUACCAAGUCAGAUGAAAAGAGCAUCUCCCUCUCCGCGGAGGACUUUAUGCGGAUGUAUGGCGUCAGCGGUAUGCAGAUGGAAGGAAGCAAUGUCAACUCGCUGACGGGCUCUGCGCGCAAGUUCACCACCACCAAACGCCCGACUGCGUCUGCUGAUUCGGUCUCCAAGAAGCAGCAAGCCGCUAAAUUGAGCCAAGAGCAACUGCAAUACCGCUACGGAUUCAACAGCGGCUUCGCCUUUGUCGUACCCAAGUUCAACACAGACGAGUCUAACGAGGGCGCGGAACAAUCUCCCAAGCCCAAGGCAUCCAGUCGCGGCUUCUCGAGCCUGUUCGGUCUCCGGAAAACUUAAGCACCGCUCUGUCUACACGGCCUUUCAUCUUUCAAAACCAUACCCUCCACUGUCGUCUUAGGACCAACACAGGCGCCUUGUCAACUUCGCUCACGGUCGCCACACCCACUUGAUAGUGGCACACGUACACG